AGGCCAGCUAGUGAUGGCUGACUAAAAGUCCACUCCGAAUAACUCUUCUCCGCCAGCGUCAUCUUGGAGCAGCCUCUGGGAUAAGUUCAAUUGCCCUGGGGGGUAUGAACAAAGGAUCCAAUUCGGGAAAGUUGUAUUCCUGGUCAUAAUGCUGGUGAGUUACAUUGGACCCAUAAUAAGUCAUAUUGGACCCAUAAUGGAUUACAACAGCUCUCCAAUGUAAUUUCUUGCUCUCGCUCUUACACAAUGUGCAGGCGCAAUCCCAUAACACCUUGUACACAUGAUUUACUGAUCUCUUAAAUGGACAGUUUCAUCUAGUGGAUAGAAAUGAAUACAGCAAUGUGUUUUAACCACCUGACUACAUCAGGCCAUGACCUAUACUGCAGCAAAGAGAGUGGACACAGGCGAGCAGGAUGAUGUUCACUACACAGGCGAGCAGGAUAAUGUUCACUACACAGGCGAGCAGGAUGAUGUUCACUACACAGGCGAGCAGGAUGAUGUUCACUACACAGGCGAGCAGGAUGAUGUUCACUACACAGGCGAGCAGGAUGAUGUUCACUACACAGGCGAGCAGGAUGAUGUUCACUACACAGGCGAGCAGGAUGAUGUUCACUACACAGGCGAGCAGGAUGAUGUUCACUACACAGGCGAGCAGGAUGAUGUUCACUACACAGGCGAGCAGGAUGAUGUUCACUACACAGGCGAGCAGGAUGAUGUUCACUACACAGGCGAGCAGGAUGAUGUUCACUACACAGGCGAGCAGGAUGAUGUUCACUACACAGGCGAGCAGGAUGAUGUUCACUACACAGGCGAGCAGGAUGAUGUUCACUACACAGGCGAGCAGGAUGAUGUUCACUACACAGGCGAGCAGGAUGAUGUUCACUACACAGGCGAGCAGGAUGAUGUUCACUACACAGGCGAGCAGGAUGAUGUUCACUACACAGGCGAGCAGGAUGAUGUUCACUACACAGGCGAGCAGGAUGCUGUUCACUACACAGGCGAGCAGGAUGAUGUUCACUACACAGGCGAGCAGGAUGAUGUUCACUACACAGGCGAGCAGGAUGAUGUUCACUACACAGGCGAGCAGGAUGAUGUUCACUACACAGGCGAGCAGGAUGAUGUUCACUACACAGGCGAGCAGGAUGAUGUUCACUACACAGGCGAGCAGGAUGAUGUUCACUACACAGGCGAGCAGGAUGUUGUUCACUACACAGGCGAGCAGGAUGAUGUUCACUACACAGGCGAGCAGGAUGAUGUUCACUACACAGGCGAGCAGAUUGAUGUUCACUACACAGGCGAGCAGGAUGAUGUUCACUACACAGGCAUCCACCACAGAAACCAGGAAGUGCCUGUCUGUUGCAAAAUAGACUGUUUUUGAGAAACAUUGAUGGCUGUUGUGUUGUUGAGAUGCCAGUAGAGAGCGAUGUAGUACAGUCCACUGGAAACAUGUUUUAGUGUAGCUGGUGAGACCUACAGAAGUGCAGAGAAACCACAGGCCUAUUGGUACGGUCCAAUUAUGUUCACAUGUUGUUUAUAAGCACUUCAGUGGCGUGUUGGUUGUCAGGAAAAGGCAUCAAGGGUACAGGAAGCCAGCUGUGCAUCAACAUCUUAGACCCUCAGUACAUCUGGUUGGUGUCAACCACAGAACUCACACUCUUCUGUUUCACACAGCCAGUAUAAGGUCUCCUACCAAACUCCUCUCUUCGCUCUACUGCAGGGUGGGAGAUGCAACAAUGGCCUUGAGAACAGCAGGAAGUGUGUUGGUGGUCUUUCUCUGGUCUGUGGCAGUUGCAGUCUUGUCCCAUUGCUGCAACUUCCUUACGGACUCCGGAGAGGCGAAGGUCGAGAGCCAUGCGUCCCCCCGAAACACACACAACCCUGCCCAGCCGCACUGCUGAUUUGUUUAGGGACUUUCCAAAACCACUAUGAGCCCGGUGACGUCACGACCGGCUGAAAGGACCUGGGGAGAGGUGGCGCGAGUGAGUGCGUAGGCGGGUGUGUUGCAGAAGGAGAAGAACGAUAACGAGUAGAGAAGAGCCGAAUUCAGAAGUUAACAUACAUUGGAAUAAGAGGACAUACUAUAUCUGGAAGAGGAUUGUUCCAUACCCCAGAAUGACUGUCAUUUUCGCUUUUGGUUUUAACGUAAAUUCAAUCGAUGGAGGUAGCUACCACUAAAGUUACCAGCCAGAGUGGCGUUAGCUAGUUACCCUCCAGAGUGAUGGACAUCACACUGUUGUUGUUUUUGUCGCACGGCUUUGUCUUGUCCAGGUCGCAGUUGUAAAUGAGAACUUGUUCUCAACUGACCUACCUGGUUAAAUAAAGGUAAAAUAAAAAUGAUAUUAAACAAUCUAAGGGGCUGCUACAGUCGGUUAUUUUUUAACGUUUCACCCUAUACUAUUAGGAAUGGUGCCACUACUAUUAAGUACUGUGGCGAGGUUAAAUGUGUUGGGCAACAGGGACACAGCUCUGUUUGUUACUCAAUCUCCCAGGGCUGAUCUGAGAGAGACUUGUUGUCUAGCAAUGAUUAACAAACUAUUUGGCAGAGCUUGAAGAUUAAAAAAUAUAUAUCAUGGUCAAAUUGUACAAUCCAGGUGUGCUAAACUCUUAGACUUACCCAGAAAGACUCACGGCUGUAAUCACUGGCAAAGGUUCUGCAACAAAGUAUUGACUCAGGGGUGUGAAUACUUGUGUAAAUGAGAUAUUUCUGUAUUUCAUUUUCAAUAAAUUCAAUAAAU